CUGCGCCAAACAUUUUGCGGGCAAGUUCAGUGAGUACGGUAAGGAAAGCAACCUCUCUUCUCCAUGAUGGCCGAGAGUGUGAUAAGGAUUUUGUGAAUUUCCCUCACCAUAAUAUCUGAAUUUCUAUAUUAGAAUGACCAUGAUAUCCAAAGCUGCGGUCGGCAUUGCCGUUGGCAUCGCCGGAAUUUUCGUCGGCUACUGUUUUUACUUCGAUCAAAAACGCCGCAGCGAUCCCGAUUUCAAGAAGAAACUCCGCGAACGUAGAAGAGCUAAGAAACAAGCACAAAAAGUUUCUUCAAAGAUACCAGACUUAAGGGAUCAUGAAUUAGUACAGAAAUUCUUUUUGCAAGAGGUUCAACUUGGGGAAGAAAUGCUUGCUUGUGGCGAGAUAGAGGGUGGAAUUGAACACUUGGCUAAUGCAGUGGCGGUAUGCGGACAGCCAGCUCAACUACUAACAGUUCUUCAAAAGACUCUACCGCCGCCAAUUUUCCAGAUCCUGGUGCAGCGGCUACCUAUGGUCGGCCAGAAACUAGUAUCGCAAACUCAAAUGGCGGAGGAGGAUGUCGAGUAGACGAAUAGAAAGUUUCGUUGACAAUUCUUAAAUAAAAUCUGGAAUUAGUAAAAAGUCUACUCAUUUUUGCAAAAUAUAUAAAAGCAAACAUAGUUUACAUCUAGAAAAAAAAUCCUACAAUUAUACAAUUCAUUCUCCUUUAUUAAACUUCCAUUUUCCUUGGCAAAUACAUAUUACCAAUUAUAUGUAAUAAAUUUUUAUGAGAAUUAUACGUUUUAUUUUAAAUAAGCAGAGACACAUUUUCAUAUCCCAUUGUUCAAAUAUAUUUAAUCGAACAAUGAUCCUGACAAUUUCUAACAGAUGUAAAACUUACAAAAUGGUAUUUUGAUAUCAAAUUAAGAUUUAGUCCCCCAUAAACAAUGCCAGUGACAUCGUUCUUUAUAUACAAAUAUACGAAAAAUUCUAUUUAAUAUAAGGCUCUAAUUAUUUGUGUGGAAAGAAUUAAAACAAAAUUUUGUAUGUCAUUAAAACAUUUAUAGCUUCAAUGGAUGUUAAAUCCUUAAAAUGUGAUGUUAUAUCGCACAGUUUAUGCAUGCAACUGUUACUCAUUUAUAUUGAUUUUAAUUGACUACAUAUUUUGAAAAAAGAGGAAGAAAAAAUGCAAUUUAUCCUCGAUAUAUUAUGUAUUCAUAUAUCCUGUUUUCACCAAUAAGAUUUUUGAAAUACAGAGAUAUGUAUUAUU